UCUAGGCCUACGUGCCUUAAUAGACCGGAUUACAAUGAGGCUAAACUUGUUUCAAUGGAAUUGAACUAUAGAGAGGUGUAGUCAAAACGUCGGUCAGUUAUAAGCAGUGAUUGUAUUCCAUAGAGUUGUGACUUGUUUGUUAAAAUGAGGCUGUCAGCUGGGUGGUAUAAGAAGUGUGUGUUUGUAGUAUUGUGCGUUACUGGGGGCAUCUUAUUCGAUCAUUUCGUUUUGAAGAAUUUUGGAAACAGAUCGCCAGUCAUUGGAAUAAGAGGUGGGCAUCGAAACCCAGAAACAUUUACUCGCGGUCCUUCAAGCAGUCACCCGCGGUCAAGCAAAAAGAAAGAAUUGGACCGACAAUUCAAAGAUUAUUUACCGCGUUUAAUAUUUAUCAAUUGUGGUGGAUCGUUUCCUUUAAGUGUCCAGUUAUUUUUAGACACGUAUCCUCAAUCUUUGAAAUACACUAUAUUCUCAUUUAUUCCAGAAAUUUCAUAUAAACCUCUUUACAGUGUAUAUCGACAGCACACGUUCAUUCCCGCCAUGUGCGGUACUUCACACGAAACAGUUAAAGUUCAAUCGGGAUCGUUGACAGAUUCUACAUUUGUUAACAAAACCGUGAAUGUAAUCGAUAUUUCUGCCUGGAUAUUAGAGAAUACCCAUCCAGACGAAUACAUUAUAUUAAAACUGGACCUGGAUUCAACAAAGGUGAUACCCACUCUUGAACAUUUAGGAAAAUCAGAUCAUUUUUACUGGAUCAACAAGCUUUAUAUCAGAAAUGACACAAACAGCUCGAGAAUCGGUGCCGUCUUAAAAACAUUCAAAGAAACAUUCCGAGGUGGUGAAAAGUAUUUAGGGAUUUGGGACGAUAAUUUGGCCGAUUACAGCGACCUGAAAAUACUCAACCCACCUCGUGGAACCCCUCUCACUUCUGGUAGGGCAAUAAAUAAAUGUAAACAAUCGGCAAACGGUCGGUUUGCUUUGAUCUUGUAUGCCACAGAGUUCACACCUGGAAUUAAUGACUCGAUCACUAUCGUUCUGGAUUUUAUACGCUCCAAUCCGAUCACAUCAACACCAGGACUUUUUCUGUCAUUAGAGUAUUUUCGAAUGUUGCAAUCCGAAAUCACUGGAAUAUAUUCAACCGUGAAUGGGGGACUUUGGUACAACUGUACGGACAAAGACAUCACUUCGACGACGGCGAAGAAAAAAAACGUGAUUCGGAACGACAUGAUCAAAGGGGAAAAUAUAUUUAAUUCAUCAGGAUUAGUGAUGAAAAGCAUCUUUAAUCCAGGGAUUAACUCUGAUACGGAUUUCUUUAAGAUCGCCAUGACGCGAAAUUAUAAUGUAUAUCAUGGCGUACGCGAUAUUAGUUUAAAAACUAAACACAGAGAUACUAUUCCAGAUAUUUUAAAAGAUGUCCCUAAAAACAAAUUUAUUCUAGCCGUAAAUAUGAAUGAACCUCAAAUCGAAAUGUUUAUUAUUAAUCUUUUAACAUUUUACAGAUCAAAACUGAUCGAUUUCAAAACUUGUGGAAUUUACAGAGAUUAAAGAUACAUUAUGAGAGAUAAGAUAAAGAGCUGGCAGUUCUCACUAUAAAAGUUCAAAACUACAUAAUGUAAAGGGAAUUUGCUGAAAAUUCCAGUCAAAUUGAUCCACUCCGAACCGAGAUUUUAGCGAUUGAAUUUUCGGCCUAUCCUCGAUCAUCAAUACUAAAGUCGGUAAGAUAAAAAAAACAACAUAGUCUCGAUUAUCCAUUUUAUGAUUAAAUUAUGAAUGGAAGUCGAACAGCAAAUCGGAACCUAAUCCAAUAAACAUCGCGGGCUAGCGAUGCCAUCGAGAGGUGAUUAUGGUCUCGAUAAGUUAAUUAAUGUCUAAUUAAUAAUUUAGAUAACAUUUCAGGCCUAAAGAAAGACCAGCAAUAGGCAAAUUUAGCUCUUGCAUAAUGUAUGUUUAAAUAUGAAUUUGCCAGGGCAUCGACUAAAUAUUCCGCUGGUUCUGUUCAGCUGUUCGAUGACACUUGUAGGCGCAUGCUUGGAUUAUGUCG